UUUCCGAUCCCAUAUGAACUCUCCCGCCAUCUGAGAACGGCGUCUGUUGGUUUGUGUUUUUCGUGUUUUGUGUGGUUGCAGGUAACGAGAUGCAGUUUUCUGGAGGAAAGCGGAAAAAACUGAGGUUGACAGGUGACCAAAGGAAUGUUUGCUACCCUCAUAGCCUUCAGUUUUACUUGGAGCCACCUUCUGAAAGCAUAUCUUUGAUCGAGUUUGAAAACUUGGCUAUCGAUAGAGUUAAAUUGCUAAAAGCAGUUGAAAAUCUUGGUGUGAGCUAUGUGAAAGGAACUGAGCCAUACCAGAGUAAGUUGGAGAAUGAGAUAAGAAAGCUCAAGUUUUCCUUCAGAGAAAACUUAGAGAAUGAGUAUGAACCCCGAAGAAAAGAUCAUAUUUCUCACUUUAUUUUACGUCUUGCUUAUUGCCAGUCUGAGGAUCUUAGACGCUGGUUCAUUCAACAAGAAAUGGAUCUCCUACGAUUUCGAUUCAGUAUUUUACCCAAGGACAAAAUUCAAAAUUUCUUAAAGGAUAUCCAUUUGCACUUUGAGGCUAUAAGUGAUGAAGAGAAGAGUGUCCGAGAACCAGAGAUUCUUGCUUCAUCACCCAGUUUGAGUGGGUCUAAGACGGAGUUGGAGUUGGAGUCAGUUUAUAAGAUCCCUUUUGCUGAUGCUCUGGAUUUGUUCCGAGGAAGGAAAGUCUAUUUGGAAGGUGGCUUCGCUUAUGUACCACUUAAAGACAUUGUGGCAAUUGUCCUGAAUGAAUUCAGAGCGAAACUGUCCAAGGCUUUAGCAAAAGAAGAGGAACUGUGUAUUUCUCUUCUUUUGACAAGUAUGUGUGCAGACAUCUGGAUCCUUGCUAAUCUAUUAGAACACAAAGAUUGUAAGUCAUUAUUUUAACAGGAAUUUAGCCUCAUUGCAAAUAUGUGAGUAUU